AGUAUCUAUACUAUUACUAACCAACUGCUAUCAAGUUAGCUCUCUCGCAAAAAUACAACACACUUCACUCGUUCCCGGUGAAUCUUCUCACCAGAGGGUUACAAGGGGCCGAGCGUGAGAGCAUUCGACGAUCUACAUUCCUUGAUCCAGACCUUAGCUUCGUUCACUGUGUCUCUUCCCGAUUUGAUCACGAGAUCUACUACCACCAGAUCUAGUUCAGGGAACGAACGGCCAAUCAUCUCCAACAAAGUUCAAAUUUGGAAACUGACGGAGUCUGAAUCCACCGUCUGAUCAAUCGCGCUUGAUCGGAGGAGAUGUCGAUUUCGAAUCCUAUUACACCUGGGCUAAUGUCGGUGGUGCUCGGGAUUGUGCCGGUGAUCGCGGCGUGGCUAUACUCCGAGUAUCUUCACUAUACAAAACACUCCGUCUCCGCCAAAGCUAGACACUCUGAUGUCAAUUUGGUGGAGAUUGGGAAAGAGUUUGUGAAAGAAGAUGAUGACAAAGCUCUUUUGAUAGAAGAUGGUGGUGGUCUCCAGUCAUCUGCUCCCAAAGCCAAGCCCUCCUCCUCUGCACAUUCUCCUCUCAUAAGGUUUGUCCUCUUGGAUGAGUCCUUCUUGGUUGACAACAGGCUGACGUUAAGAGCAAUAAUUGAGUUUGCGGUACUUAUGGGAUACUUUUACAUAUGUGACCGCACUGAUGUAUUUAAUUCAUCCAAGAAGAGUUACAACCGAGAUCUCUUUCUGUUCCUUUACUUCCUUCUCAUCAUUGUUUCGGCGAUAACUUCCUUCACGAUACAUAACGAUAAAUCAGCAUUCAACGGAAAGUCCAUCAUGUACUUGAAUAGGCAUCAAACCGAGGAGUGGAAAGGCUGGAUGCAGGUCCUCUUUUUGAUGUACCACUACUUUGCUGCUGCAGAGUACUACAAUGCAAUCCGUGUUUUCAUUGCUUGCUAUGUAUGGAUGACUGGGUUUGGGAACUUUUCCUAUUAUUACAUUCGCAAGGACUUUAGCCUUGCAAGGUUUGCACAGAUGAUGUGGCGGCUAAAUUUCCUGGUCAUAUUCUCCUGCAUCGUCCUCAACAACAGUUACAUGCUAUACUACAUAUGCCCGAUGCACACUCUGUUUACUCUGAUGGUCUACGGAGCACUUGGUAUUAUGAACAAAUAUAAUGAGAUGGGUUCAGUCAUAGCUGCCAAAAUGGUUGCCUGCUUCGCUGUUGUUAUCAUCGUUUGGGAGAUUCCCGGCGUUUUUGAGUGGAUUUGGAGUCCGUUUACGUUCCUAAUGGGUUACAAUGAUCCGGCAAAACCGCAGCUUCCCCUCUUGCAUGAGUGGCAUUUCCGCUCGGGUCUUGAUCGGUACAUAUGGAUAAUAGGGAUGCUAUAUGCAUACUACCACCCAACUGUUGAAAGUUGGAUGGAUAAACUGGAGGAAGCUGAGAUGAAAUUCAGGAUGGCCGUCAAAACAACUGUGGCACUUGUAGCGCUUACGGUGGGAUAUUUUUGGUUCGAGUACAUAUACAAGAUGGACAAGCUAACUUACAACAAAUACCAUCCUUACACCUCUUGGAUUCCAAUAACUGUUUACAUCUGUCUCCGGAACAUCACACAGUCUUUCCGCGGCUACAGUUUGACCCUUCUCGCGUGGCUUGGGAAGAUAACAUUGGAGACAUAUAUCUCCCAGUUUCAUAUAUGGCUCAGAUCUGGAGUACCUGAUGGUCAACCCAAAUUGCUACUCUCUCUAAUCCCGGAAUACCCAUUGUUGAACUUCAUGCUCACAACUUCUAUUUACGUCGCUGUCUCUUAUAGGCUCUUCGAGCUUACCAACACAUUGAAAACAGCCUUCAUACCAACCAAAGACGACAAGCGCCUUGUCUACAAUACCAUCUCAGCUCUCAUAAUCUGCACUUGCCUCUACUUUUUCUCGUUUGUUCUCAUCCAAAUCCCCCAAAAAAUGGUAUGAAGCACGUCUGAACCGGCCCAGCGUGGGCAUUAGUUUGGGUGGAAUUAAUAUCAAUUUCUAGAGGAGUUGAUGAACAACGCAAUAUGGUAGUUAUACGAAGAAGAUAGAAGAAAUCAGAGAGGUAGAGAUGCAUACAGUGUUUGGUAUAUUGUCAUCUGUUUGUAUCUAUGUUAUUAAAGUAUUUUUUGGUAUUGUUUGAAAACUUGUAUAACAGAUUAAAUAAAAUCUGUUUGGAAAAAUCUGUUUGAAAACAUGAAUAUUAGAUUAAAAUUUUUUUUUUUACAUA